AUGGUAACGAACAACGAGGAGCACGUUCAGCUUGAUCCAGGUGACGGUGACGGUGCUGUGGAUGUCUAUCCUAGAGUUCCCUUCUCAAAAAGAUCUUCCAGCAGUAUGGCCAUUGAUCCGGCUGAGAGGUAUGCUCAUGGAGGGGCAAAGAAGACCAUGACACGUUACAUUUCUUCCUUAAAAAAUAUGGUACCUAUUCGCAAAGGGAAGAGAACUGGUGUCAAAGGUGGCGCUAAAAUUGACGAGUCUGGUCUAUUCUCGUUCGUUACCUACAGUUGGGUAUUUGAAUAUUUAUUUUCGGCGUUCAAAGGGAAAUUAGACAAGGAUCAAGUAUGGAAUUGCAGCAUUUACGAUGCUAGUAAUGUAAAUAUGGCUAGGAUGGAAGUACUUUGGGAUGAUGAGCUGAAACGAAAUCCUCAAAGCCCCUCACUUUUUCGUGCUUUAUUUCGAUUUAUCAAGACACGGUUGUGGGCCGCAUGUGGCGUGUUUCUCUUCUGUUUAAUCUUUGGAUUCAUCGGUCCAACAUGUCUUAUAAGAGGGCUUGUGCAAUUUGCCGAACGACCUCCUUUGGAAGGUGAACCAGUGAACUAUCGUCUUGGGAUUUUUCUUGUCAUAUCCAUCGGAUUGGUAGAAGUUGCUCGCGUUUUAUCGUAUGGUGCAACAUGGGCCGUAUCAUACCGUACAGGUAUCCGUGUUCGAGGUGCCCUAUUAGGAUUACUCUUUAAGCGUAUCCUUGGUGCACGUAAUGUAGGGAAAAGGACUGCUGCUGAGUUUGUGAACAUGUUUGCAAACGAUGGACAACGACUUUUUGACGCUGUUACAUUUGCGCCGCUUGUGAUCGUAGGACCGCUUGUGCUUAUUGGCGGAGUUGGGUACCUGCUUGCUGUAGUUGGACGAUGGUCGCUGCUUGGGAUCCUUGUCUUUUUCAUUUUCGAUGUUAUUCAGUAUGGCUUGGGAAAGACAAUGGUCCGUUGUCGUAAUAAUGCCAUAGAGAAAACGGAGAAAAGGAUCAGCCUUAUGGGUGAGAUUAUACGCUGCAUUCGUAUCAUCAAAAUAAACUGUAUGGAGGAGAGCUUCUCGAGAAGAAUUGAACAAAUGCGUCACGCCGAGAAGGUCGACAUCCAGACAGCUGGAUACGCUCAAUCGUUAGCUAUAGCAUGUGGUCCGGUUGUUCCUGUGGUAGCUGCAAUCCUUACUUUUCUAGGAGUAGUACUAUCAGGGCAUGAUCUAUUGGCUAGUGAUGCAUUUUCUGCGAUCACUGUAUUUUUUGUGAUGUUAUUUGGUAUAAGAAUGAUUCCAUAUGGAAGCAGAUAUCUCGCUGAAGCAAUUGUUGCAAUUCGAAGAAUUCAAGAGAUCUUACUAAGCGAACAAUGGGAAGGAGUACAACCACAUACUCAGGAUCAAAAUGUGGCGAUUCGAUUCCGUAGCGCUACCCUCACUUGGAGUCGACCAAAUGUUGAAUCGACUGCAACGCCUACAGAAGCAACGCCUGUGGAUACCCAGGAAUCCGCGUUCACCUUGGAUAACAUUACAUUAAUCAUCAGGAAAAAAGAGUUGACAGGAAUUUGUGGAGCGGUUGGAAGUGGAAAAAGUGCACUGCUUAACAGCAUCAUUGGACAUAUGUUCACCAUAAAUGGCGAUAUAGAGGUCGGCGGAACUUUUGCAUACGCACCACAAAUACCAUGGAUCCAAAACGCUACCGUCCAGGAAAAUAUUCUUUUCGGUUCGAUUAUGAAUUCUCAAAGAUAUUAUAAGGCUGUAAGUAGCUGUCAACUGACAAAGGAUAUGGAAUCGUUAGCUGCUGGAGAUCAAACGGAAAUCGGCGAACGAGGUGCUACACUUUCCGGCGGGCAAAAGGCGCGCGUUUCUUUGGCACGUGCGAUCUUUGCUCACAAGGAUAUAUAUCUUUUAGAUGACAUAUUUUCUAGCCUGGAUAAAAAGGUUUCCGAGAAAAUCUUCGAAAAUGCUAUCCUUGACGUUCUGUCUAGCAAGACCGUUGUGAUGGUCACCACGGAUCCACAGCGCCUAUCGCAAUGCGAUCGUGUGAUAUUCAUGGAUAGUGGACGAGUUGUCGCGCACGGAUCGCACGAUGAGCUCCUAGCGACAUGUGCUCAAUACAAGGAAUAUUGUGAUAGUGCAAAAGUUCAAGAAGAAAUUUCUACUCAUGAAAGUAUUCUGGACAAUUCGAACCAAGAAGGACGAUUGUCCUCGCCAUCGGAGGAGGAUCUCGACAAAAUCGAAGAUAUUGUGGAUAUCAAAGAUCCUGGUGCAAAACUUAUUGCUGAUGAUGACACGAAAGGUAAAAUUGUGGAUGAUGAGGAAGAUUAUGGAUUGGCAGGGAUGUCGUUUUCUAUUUACAAAAGUUAUGUGCGUGCAGCUGGAAGUCUCUUAGUUUGGGUACUUCUCCUGGCCGCCUUUAUUCUAAACGUAUCCGCUUCGAUAUUUUCCACAUUUUGGCUGUCACGAUGGUUAAAAACCGGUCAUGGAGAGGAGCUAGUCCAAGUGAACGGCAGUGUUCGUCUACAUUCAGAAGGUAGUUUGGCCGAUAGUCCUGAUACACCGUAUUAUUCGACUGUAUAUGGGAUUUCACUUGUGAUACUUUUCGUCUCAGGACUUAUUAAAGCGAUGAUCUUUGUGAAGGUAUCACUUAAUGCAGCAAGUCGACUUCACAACAAUAUGUUCUCGUCGGUAAUUCGUGGUACUAUAGCAUUCUUCGAUUCCACACCAACCGGACGUAUUUUGAACCGAUUUUCUAAGGAUAUGGACGAGAUUGAUGUGAAGUUACCGUUCACCGCCGAAGUUUUUCUCCAGAAUAUGAUAACAUGUAUUGGAUUUUUGCUUGUUAUCGCAUGGGUAUUUCCAGCAUUUCUUAUAGCUUGUAUUCCUUUAUUCGCUAUCUUCCUACUUUUUGUCAUGUGCUUUAGGGCUGGAAUAAGAAGCUUAAAACGUUCCGAAAAUAUCUCUCGAUCUCCACUUUUCGAUCAUAUCACAGCUACUGUAGAAGGAUUAGCUUGUAUUCAUUCGUAUGGACAGUCAAAUCGUUUUUUGGAAGCACUCAAACAGCGACUUGAUGCGAACAGCGGAGCUGUGUUCAUGUUUCAAUCGGCUAUGCGAUGGUUAGCGGUUUGGUUGGAUUUGCUUGUUGUGAUGAUCACUUCAAUUGUUGCUUUCUUUAUUGUUAUUCUUACUGGAACAUUAUCACCUGCAGAUGCAGGAAUGGCAUUGGCAUUUGCUGUACAGAUGAGCGGUAUCUUCCAGUUUGCCGUACGUACACAAACGGAAUUGGAAGCAAAAAUGACUUCUGUUGAACGUGUCGCCUACUAUUCCGAAACCAUUCAAUCUGAAGGAAACUGGGAGACCAGAAAAGGAAUUGACGUACCGAAAGAAUGGCCACAGAAUGGACAAAUUGAUUUCCAGAGUGUAAAGCUGCGUUAUCGUCCCAAAUUUCCAUUAGCCUUGAAUGACGUCACCUUUGAGGUAAAACCGAAGGAAAAAAUUGGUGUAAUCGGAAGAACUGGAUCAGGAAAAUCAUCUCUAGGAAAUGUUUUGUACCGGCUCUAUCCCCUUACAUGGGGUCGAAUUUUUAUUGAUGGUGUCGAUAUCGCAACAAUUGGACUGCACACAUUGAGAAAAGCUAUGUCCUUCAUUCCACAAGAUCCAGUACUUUUUGCUGGAACAGUUCGUUCAAAUCUCGAUCCCAACAACGUUUUCACCGAUUCUGAACUGUGGUCCGCACUAGAGAAGACGUAUCUCAAGACACUGAUCUCCAACCUCGACAAAAAACUAGAAUCCGAGGUUACAACAGGUGGAGAGAACUUUUCCGUUGGAGAGCGGCAGCUUCUCUGCCUUGCCAGAGCAUUGCUAUCGAAAGCAAAAAUUGUCCUACUUGAUGAAGCAACUUCAAGUUUGGAUAUGUCGACGGACAAGCUCAUCCAAAAGGUGAUUAGGGAAGUAUUUCAAGAUGCUACCGUUCUUCUAAUUGCUCAUCGACUUGAAAAUGUUUAUGGAUUGGAUAGGGUUUUGAUGAUGGAUGGAGGAAAAGUUGUGGAGUUUGACCGUCCAGAAGUGUUACUGAACAAAACAGCAUCGGAACUACGGAUUCUCGUCAGGCAAACAGCCGGCGCCGAUGAGAUAUUCGUGGAAUCAGAAGGUGGCGGAAGUGAAAGUUCACCUGAAAUCAUGGAUAAACGAGAAAUCAAUGACAGUGAAAGUGUUCCGGAAAUUAUCAACAAAGACUUAUCACCGGAUACGGAAAGUAUGCCGGAGAUGGUAGAAAAGCAAGAAAUUGAUGACGAGGACGAUAGUGUCGAAAUAUUGGAUCGACCAACUAAUCCUCCAAGUCUGGAUGACGAUGACAUUGAGGUGGUUUCUGCGCCGACGAAUCAGUAA